AUGGAGCAAGUGAGUUCAAUCAUCCAAACCAAUGUGGUUCCAAAGUAUAAAGAUCCGAGAUGUCCAACUAUUUCCAUCACAAUCGGAGGAACAAAAAUCGAGAAAGCUCUCCUUGACUUGGGGGCUAGUAUAAAUUUACUUCCGUACUCCAUCUACGAACAGCUUGGAUUGGGGGAGAUGAGGCCCACAUCGGUUACCCUUCAAUUGGCCGAUAGAAGCAUUCGAGUCCCAAGAGGGAUGGUGGAGGAUGUACUAGUACAAGUGGACAAUUUUAUCUAUCCUGUGGAUUUUGUUGUGUUGGAUACUUGCCCUUUACCUACCUCACAAAUGUCAACGUCAACCCCGGUCAUUCUUAGGCGUCCAUUCCUAGCCACCGCCGAUGCCGUUAUCCAUUGCCGAAAUGGUUUACUCAACCUCACUUUUGGCAACAUGAAGAUGGAGGUGAAUGUGUUCAACAUCGGCAGCCAAAUGGGGGAUGAUGAGUGUAUCCAUGACGUUAAUCUUAUUGAUUCUUUGGUCCAAGAGCAUGUCGAUACUAUCUUAUACAAGGAUCCGUUGGAAGUUUGCCUUACCGCGGAAGAGGCAACAUUUCUAGACUUACCGAAGGUGGAGUAUUUAUAUUCAUUGUUUGACAUUGAAGAUGUUUGUGGGACGGAUAAGGAUUUGCCCGAUACUCUUAAGUAUGCUUUCCUUGGGCCCGAUGAAACAUUUCCCGCUGUGAUUUCUUCUUUGUUGGAUGAGCAUCAAGAAUCUCAACUUUUGAAGGUAUUAAAGCGGCGUACCAAGGCUAUUGGGUGGCCGAUUGCUGAUAUUCAAGGAAUUGAUCCUUCAUUGUGCACUCAGCAUAUUUAUCUCGAGGAUGACGUCAAACCUUCCCGCCAACCCCAAUGCCGCUUAAAUCCGAUUAUGAAAGAGGUGGUCAAAGCGGAGGUCUUAAAGUUGUUGGACGUGGGCAUCAUCUAUCCUAUCACUGACAGCAAAUGGGUUAGCCCGAUACAGGUCGUUCCUAAGAAAUCCGGAGUCACGAUGGUGGCUAAUGCUGAUAAUGAACUUGUUCCAACUCGAGUCACUACCUGUUGGCGUGUUUGCAUUGAUUACCGGAAGCUCAACUCAUGCACUCGCAAGGAUCAUUUUCCUCUCCCGUUUAUCGAUCAAAUCCAAGAGCGUGUAGCAGGUCAUGCUUUCUAUUGCUUCCUCGAUGGCUAUUCGGGGUACAAUCAAAUUGCGGUCUCUUUGGAUUUCAAGAAAAUACUACUUUCACUUGCCUCUAUGGGACGAACUUUCUCACGAUGCAUGUUGGGUAUAUUCAGUGAUAUGGUGGAGCGUAUUGUCGAGGUAUUCAUGGACGACUUUUCGGUCUUCGGGGACUCUUUUGAGUAUUGUUUGCUCAAUUUGGAGAAAGUGUUGGAGAGAUGUGAGGAGAAGAAUCUUGUGCUGAACUGGGAGAAAUGUCAUUUUAUGGUUACACAGGGCAUCGUCUUGGGGCAUAUUGUAUCAAAGAAGGGCAUAAAGGUGGACAAAGCAAAAAUCAACUUGAUUGCUAAUCUUCCGAUGCCUAAGGGUGUGAAGGACAUUCGUGUUUGCGAGGAAGCCUUUUUGAAAUUGAAAUCCAGCCUUACCUCCCCUCCCAUCGUGCAAACUCCCGAUUGGGAACUCCCGUUUGAAUUGAUGUGCAACGCUAAUGAUUAUGCUGUGGGAGCCGUUCUCUGCCCGAGGAAGGACAAGCAUCCUUAUGUUAUUUCCUACCAAGACGCGAAGGCUCGGUUAAUCCGUUGGAUUUUGUUGCUCCAAGAAUUUAACCUCACUAUCAAAGACAAGAAAGGAGUAGAGAAUGUGGUCGCCGACCACUUGUCCGGACUUGAGUUUGAGGAUCAGAUUGCCAAUCUUCCAAUUGUCGACACGUUUCCUGAUGAGCAGUUGUUUGCUGUGUCUUCGAGCCCUUGGUGUGUUCCGGAGGAGGACCAACAAGGGAUUUUGCAAUUUUGCCAUUCCAAGGAGUGCGGUGGCCAUUUUUCCCAUACCAAGACUAUUGGCAAGAAAUUGGGUGCAAUGACUCGGAGGAAUAUGAUGCCCCUCACUAAUAUCCUUAUCGUUGAAGUGUUUGAUUGUUGGGGGAUUGAUUUCAUGGGGCCGUUCCCGGUGUCUUAUGGUUUUCUCUAUAUCCUCUUCACGGUGGAUUAUGUCUCGAAAUGGGUGGAGGCCAUCCCUACCAAGACAAGCAAUCACAAGGUGGUGCUGGAAUUUCUCAAGGAGAACAUCUUGUCAAGGUGUCCAUCGCAUGCAUACCACCCUCAGACCAAUGGCCAGGCCGAGCUUGCGAACCGUGAGGUAAAACGCAUUUUAGAGAAAACUGUUAAUCCAAAUCACAAGGAUUGGUCACUCCGUUUGACCGAUGCCUUGUGGGCAUAUCGUACCACAUAUCAGACCGUACUAGGCGCUUUGCCUUAUCGGCUUGUAUACGGUAAGGCAUGCCACCUCCCAGUGGAGUUGGAGUAUAAGGCCUAUUGGGCCAUCAAAGCUUUAAAUUAUCGAUUCCCCGCCGCCGGCGCGCAUCGCAAUCUCCAACUCAAUGAAUUAGAAGAAAUCCGGAGGGAUGCAUACGAUAAUACGAACAUUUACAAAUCUAAGGUGAAGGAUUUCCAUGAUAAGAACAUCCAACGGAAAAUUUUUGACUUCAGUCAGAAAGUUCUUCUUCCGAGCAAAUUGUGGUCACGUUGGGUUGGUCUUUACAUUGUGCAAACCAUUUUCCCCCAUGGGGCAAUUGAGGUUGUCAAUCCCACCAAUGGAAAUGUUUUCAAAGUUAACGGUCAACGGUUAAAGCCAUUCUUGGAAAAUUUUGCUCAUGAUGAGAUCACGGAGGAUUUAGUCGCUCCGGUGUAUGUGGAUGAUCCAUUGCUUUGA